AAUUGACCCUGCACACAAACAAAUCAACAAAACUUUCUCACUCCGUCUUUCUCUGUUCGCUCCUACAUUGGAGAGAAAAAGGUCGACUUGUGCGCUUUUCUGUUGUAUGCCAAAGGCGAAAUCACGACUUACAUUAUUCACGGAACAGUUAUCGAAGAUGGCUGGACAAGAGCAGCAACCGCGAUUCGAGACCUUGCAAUUGCAUGCAGGUCAAGAGCCUGAUCCAACUACCAAGUCGCGAGCAGUUCCCAUCUACGCCACCACAUCGUAUGUCUUCAAUGAUUCCGCUCACGGCGCAAGGCUGUUCGGCCUUAAGGAAUUCGGCAACAUCUACUCCCGUAUCAUGAACCCGACUGUGGAUGUCUUGGAGAAACGCAUCGCAGCCCUCGAAGGUGGUGUUGCAGCCCUCGCCACUGCCUCUGGCCAAGCUGCUCAGUUCAUGACCAUUGCUGCUCUCGCACACGCUGGCGACAACAUCAUUUCGACCUCAAACCUCUACGGUGGCACAUACAACCAGUUUAAAGUGUUCUUCCCACGUCUUGGAAUUACAACCAAGUGGGUCAAUGGCGACAAGCCGGAAGACUUCAAGGGCUUGAUCGACGACAAGACCAAGGCGAUCUACCUCGAGACCAUUGGUAACCCGAGAUACAAUGUGCCAGAUUUCGAAGCUAUUGUGAAGAUUGCGCACGAAGCUGGCAUUCCAGUCGUGGUGGACAACACUUUUGGAGCUGGAGGUUUCUUCGCCCGCCCAAUUGAUCAUGGUGCGGAUAUUGUCGUACACAGUGCAACCAAGUGGAUUGGUGGCCACGGCACAACUAUUGGAGGUCUUGUCGUUGAUGCCGGAAAGUUCGACUGGGGUGCUCCAGCUGCUCGCAAGCGCUUCCCACAAAUGAGCGAGCCAUCCGAUGGCUACCACGGCCUCAAGUUCUGGGACACCUUCGGACCCAUCACCUUCAUCAUCCGCCUGCGAGUUGAAAUUCUCCGUGAUCUUGGAGCUGCGCUGAACCCGUUCGCCGCACAGCAAUUGAUUCUCGGUCUUGAGACUCUCAGUCUGCGUUGCGAACGCCAUGCAUCGAAUGCACAGAAACUCGCAACAUGGCUCGAGAACAACCCCAACGUCGCGUGGGUCAGCUAUCCAGGUCUUGAGAGCCACCCAAGCCACCAAUUGGCGAGAAAGUAUCUUCCACGCGGCUUUGGAGGUGUCCUGUCUUUCGGUGUGACCGGUGGAGGCGCUGCUGGUAGUCAGGUGGUCGAUGGUUUCAAGCUCAUUUCCAAUCUUGCCAAUGUUGGUGAUUCGAAGACUCUCGCAAUUCACCCAUGGACCACAACCCACGAGCAACUCAGCGACGAGGAGAAAAUCAACAGUGGUGUCACUGAGGAUCUCAUCCGUAUUUCCGUUGGUACCGAGCACAUUGACGACAUCAUCGCGGAUUUCGAGCAGUCGUUUGCACAGGCAGCUACGAAGCCUGGGCAGGGCCAAGACAAUAGUGGCGUUACAGGUAACCCCAACGCGCCAGGCGGAAAGCCAGUCGUCUAGGUCUACAAGAUGUAAUGAGCGAGUUCGUGAAAGAACUAGGUCUGGAAGAAGAGUUGUAUAUACCCGGUAUGAAGGUCCAAAAGAGGUCAUGUUCAAAUACGCCUUCCCACUCGAGUCUUGAUAUUGCCGAGGCGAUGAGUUCGUGUGCUGGGCGCACAUCUCAUCAGACUUUGUUGGCGUUGA